ACUACAAGUCAAAGACUAGCUGAGCUGCUGAAGGUCUCUCUGUGCUCGAUAGACUGCUAGAUCAUGCAGAGUAAAAGGGUUCUGUUUGCUGCUACUGCGUCAAGAAUUCAUAGAAGUCUACUCUGUACUCGAGCCAUCAGACGCUUCAUUGCCACACCAGCUCAUGCUUCCCAGACAAAAGACCAGUCAGCCUUGAAGCGCUGCGUUGCUUGUGGAUCGCCACAACCGCUUGCACGGCUCACUUGUUCUUCCUGUGCUACUCCUUGUCCCAUGCCAGCAUCAGUCUCCUUUUACGACUACUUUCCCGGACUUGGGCCAGCGCCACCCAAGGGUUCCUUCGAGCUCGAUGUUCGCGCGCUUAGAAGAGCAUUCUUGAAACUACAGCAAACUGUUCAUCCUGACUUACACGGCAGUGGGGAAGGUAAACAUCGACAGCUGGCCGAGUCAACAAGUUCCUUACUCAACAAAGCUUAUACAACGCUGCAAAAGCCGUUGAGUCGGGCAGAGUACCUGCUGUCAUUGCGUGGCAUCGACAUGACGGCAGAGGGGGAGUCAUUGACAGACGCUGAUAUACUGAUGACUGUUAUGGAAGCACGAGAAGCGAUUGAAGAGGCUACAUCAGAGGCUGAUUUGGAUGAAGUCAAGCAUGAUACGGCCUCGCGGAUUGAGAAUGAGCUCAAGAUGCUCGAACAGCAUUUCGCAACAGACAAUUUGGCUGAGGCGAAGAAGAGUGCCGUCAGACUGCGCUACUGGCUCAACAUUCAAAAAGCAGCACAAGAUUGGGAGCCGGGCAAGGAUGUGAUGCUUGAGCACUAGCUGAGUAGAUUACUUCGAAGCAUGCUGUACUUGGUAGUCUCGUCUCAGCUUCCGAAUAUCCAUAAAGCCAUUGCGGUAUGCAGGCACUCUGCUUGUUAAUCCACAGUCUCGCACAAAGAGGCCAGCGUACGAUUGAGUGGCUGCCCAUUCAUGGCGCAUGACCACUUUGAGCGGGUCCGCCAGUGUGACUGAAGCAAUGCAGAAGAUGACAGCCGAUACAACAAGCUCUAGGACAAUCUUUUAUUAGUGAAGUCUCGCGGAAGCAUCAGCGUACGUCGGCAGGAAUAGACGGGUCUGUGCCCUUGAGCCGCUUU